AUGGAAUUUAUCAAUGCAAAAUAUUCGGGAGAUGAAAAGAAUGGUCGGAUGGAAGGAGAAAAUUGUCGAUUUUCUUACGUGAUGGAAGGAAUGCGUUAUGAAGGAGAAAUGAAAGAUGGCCAGUUCAACGGGAAAGGAACCUUGUAUUACAGCUCGGGAGCAAAACUUGAAGGAUAUUGGGUGGAUGGGCGUCUCGUGGAAAAAACAUACAUUUACAAGGAUGGAUUAAAGUUUAAUGAGGAUGUAAAGAACUGGAGUUAUUGCCAGUUAGGGCAACAUGAAGAAUCGCAAGAUCGAAGAUUCCAUCAUGAAGUGUUGCAAGCUGCAAAAUUUGAGCAUCAAUCUGUUCUUCCAAAACCUGAGCAUUCCUGCAUCUCUCAAGAUGGAAUACAACCAGCAUUGCCCACUCGAAAAUAG